GUGAGAAAUAAGAAGACAUGUAUAAUUCUUACAAAGUGAGAUCUGCAAAUAAUCACAGAAGGAGAAACGGAUAGAAGGGAUUCUGGAAACUCUAGAAAGGAUUUUGUCUCAGCCAGAUCACACUUGAUGCACAGUGUGUGUGUGAGUGUGUGAGUGUGCUCUGAAGGCUAGUGGGAUGACCAGACUGGAAUGGAGUAUGUUCCUCGCCCUCUUCCUUCAGGGCCUUAUCCUGACGUUAUGCAAGGAAAAUCAGUCUGUCCACAUGCCACAUGGCAACAGCACUCAGAAUCAUAUAGGCUGUCAUACAAAAGAGCGGUGUAUGGUGAAACGGAAAAUUCCAGAUUUUCCUGUCUUGCAAUUCCAAGCAUUCCAAAAAGGCCUGGUCAGGAGGCGGAGAGACUGGAUAAUCCCGCCAAUCAGCAUUUCGGAGAAUGACAGAGGCCCUUUCCCAAAAUCUGUUGUGCAGAUCAAGUCCAGCUGGGCCCGUGAGAUGGCCAUCAGGUACCAGCUGAGUGGACCCGGAGCAGACCAGCCCCCCGAGGGCCUCUUCACCAUCGAGAAGCGCACGGGCAUGCUGUUCAUCACCAAGCCUCUGGACAGGGAACACACGCAGGAGUACAGGCUCAUAGCCCAUGCUCUGCUGGUGGGCACUGAGAUGGAUCGGGCUGCAGAGGCCCCAAUGGAGAUCGUCAUUAAAGUCCUGGACCAGAACGACAACCGGCCCACCUGCACCCGAGACCUCUUUCAAGGGAACGUCAGCGAAGUGGCCCCUGUGGGUGAGCCAGUGCUCCAGGUGACAGCGGAGGACCGUGAUGACCCGCGGACGGAGAACGCCAUGGUGAGGUACAGCAUCGUACAGCAGCAGCCGGCCCAGCCGAACCCAGAGAUGUUCUCCAUCAACGAGGUCAGCGGCCUGGUGUCUGUCGCCUCCGUGGGACUGGACAGCGAGGGCCAGCAGCGCUACAACCUGCUGGUGGAGGCUGCUGACAUGGAGGGGAACGGCAUGAGGACCACCUGCACCGCCACCAUCUCCAUCACAGACAGCAAUGACAACGCCCCCAAGUUCAGCCAUGUCACAUACACAGGCUCCAUACCGGAGAAUGUGGUGGGAGGUGUUGUAGUACAACUCCCUGUGACCGACCGCGACCAGCCGCUGAGUCCAGCAUCUGCCACCACCUACUCCAUCGUCAAGGGCAACGACAGGGGCCUCUUCAGCAUCAGCACCGGGCCCAGCAAGAUGGAGGGAAUCAUCACAACUGCCCAGGGCCUGGAUUUUGAGGAGAAGCGUCGACACACACUACUGGUUGUCGUGGAGAACGAGGUUCCCUUUGCCAUGCCGCUCCCCACCUCCACAGCCACGGUUGUAAUAGACGUGGAGGACGUGAACGAGGCACCUGAGUUUGUGCCCUCACAGAAACGGGUACAAGUUGCAGAGGACACAUCUGUGGGCACUGUGAUAGCCAGCUACAAGGCAAAGGACCCUGACGUCGCCAGAAAGCAAGAAGUGACGUAUGAGGUGCUGUCGGACCCAGCUGGCUGGCUGGAGGUGGGGGACAAGACUGGUCUGGUACGUCUGAGGGCUGAGAUGGACAGAGAGCAUGGGCUCGUGGAGGAGAGUGGGAAGUACACAGCCCUCAUCGUCGCCUAUGACAACGACAUGACUCCUGCCAGUGGCACAGGGACCCUGGUCAUCGAGGUGGGGGAUGUGAACGAUAACGCCCCCCUGGUGAAGGAGAAACAUGUCCAGUUCUGCUCCCUCGACCCGGUUCCUGUUCCCCUCACCAUCCUGGAUGCAGAUGGGCCUGACAAUGCCGGCCCAUUUACCGUUCAGUUGGCGGAAGACAGCCGAACCAACUGGACCACCAUCACCAACUCCAGCAGUGAUGAAGUGAGUGUGAGGCCACGCAGGCAGCUGCCCUAUGGGGAGUACACCAUGGUGCUGCGUGUGUACGAUGCCCACAUGAUGGUGCAGGACAGCCCUCUAGUGGCAGAGGUGUGCCAGUGCAGUGGCCCGGUCAUCAGCUGCUUUCACCCCGCGCCACGAUACACCGCAGACAGCGCGGCCCUCUCUCUGGGAGUCCUUGGCACCAUCUUCCUCCUGCUGGUGUUGCUGCUGCUGCUCAGCUUGUUCAUGACGAGGAGGAAGAGGAGGAUGAGGGAGAAGCAGAAAGGGCUUCUUCCAGAGGAGGCAGUGCGGGACACGCUCUUCUUUUACAACGAGGAGGGAGGAGGCGAGGAUGACCAGGAAUAUGACCUGAGCCAGUUGCAUUGUGGGCUGGAUGAGCAUCGUGAAGUGGGGUGCACUGACGUGGCUCCUGCCCUCCUGCCACCUCUCCCCUACAGACUGCGGCCAGAAGAGAAUGAGGAGAUCAGUACUUUCAUCAUGGAUAACCUGAAAGCAGCGGACAAUGACCCCACGGCGGCCCCCUUUGACGGCCUGCUGGUGUUUGACUACGAGGGCGAGGAGUCGACCUCCGGCUCCCUCAGCAGCCUCCAGUGGAGCAGCUCAGAUGGAGAGCAGGACCACCACCAGCAGCUGCAGCAGUGGGGCCCACGCUUCAGGAGGCUGGCAGACAUGUACCACAGAGGCAGCAUCUACAGAGGGGCCGACUGCAAUGACAACGAUGACGAAAUACGACCCGGGAGACAGGAGUGGGUGUGAGGACCGGCUGACCCCCAUCAUCACAUCCACAUAUACUCAAUAAUCCUGCUUGAGCUGUCUACAACCCACAGCCCCACACCUGGUACCGUGACACUAUCACUGGCCAAGGUGGCAGGAGCUUCUGUGCCAUUCAUGAUGACAUGCUGCAUGCAAUUGGGCAUAUCACCUUUGGUCAGAUUACUGUAGUCAUCCAAAACAUUGGGAAAUUACCACAUUUAUGUGAUGCACUAGUUCCCUAGUGGUGACAGUAUCAUUGGAUUGUGGUGGAAUGUAUACUGUAUAUGUAUGACAUGACUACAAGUGUGUUGCUGUGUACUCCUUUGCUCUGCCACUGCAUUGACUGCAACUGCUGCCAAGCACUUUAUUAAUUGGUUUAGAUUAGAGCAUCUUGGAUUACAGUCAGGCAUUCAGGUAGAUAUGAUUGCACAGACAAAACGAUCAGGUGGACAAUCGAGCAUUAUUGCGCUGCACACUGGGCUACAGGUAGGCAUAACUGCUUACACAGGUGGACAUGGCAAUUGGGUGGGCGAUCAGGUAAACAUGAUUACACAGGUCAAGUCAAGAGCCAAGUUGUCCUGUGUACUUUAUUGUCAAAAAUCUAUGUAACAAGGUUACAGAAGUUUGAAAUGUAUUUGACCAGUCUCCAAUGUCCGAGGUCCACAUGGUUGCACAGUCAUGGGAAGAUUAUAUUUGGGCCCGGGGUGGUG